GCGAGACGGUGCUUCUUCUUUUUCUCUCUCACUUACUCCACACACUCCCCUCAUUUCUCACUACACCCACCACCGCUGCCGCCGCCGCCGUCACCACUCUCUCUGCUUUUCAGAAACCGAUUCCGAAAACAUUUAUUCCCCUCCCUUUCACCUUUUGCCUUUCGGAGCUUUUCUGAAAAUCUCCCAUUCUUUUCCCGUACCGUUUGCCGAGAAGGCCUGCCGCUUCCUCCCUCACGCUCUUUCCCUUUUCACUCCUUUUCUUGACGACGCUUUCCGUGAAAUUUCUCGUCGUUUUAUGGUACUUUUUGGUAUGUUUCACUCCGUUUCGAGCAGCAGAAGCAGCUUCUCCUUCACGCCUGUUUCCGCUUCUUUUCUCUCACUCUCUGUCUUUAUUAUUCUCUCCGCCUCGUGUGCUCUGAAAGAAUCUCAUCUUUUUCCUUCUGCUUCUCCACCUCUAUUUUAACUCACCACCGCUGACUCGCUCACCCACUCACUCACUCUCCCGACUCGCUCUCAAUGCCACUCAGCUUCUGAUUUGUACUCUCCUUUGAUUUUCUUCCGAGCGAUAUGAAUCAUCCAGCUGUCAAAUACACGCAGCAUCGGAGCCACACCAAGAUGGUGGCAAAUUCGGCGGAAACGGCGGAGUUCAAGUUGGUGAGGCCGCGUGUUGUACGGAUAACGGUCACCGACGGAAACGCCACCGACUCCUCAAGCGACGACGAGGCCGAGGAGUCUUCGUUUCCUGGUGCUCGCCACCGGGUCAAGAGGUUCGUCAACGAGAUUACUAUAGAGUCCUGCUCAAACAGGGACACCGACUCUGCAGUUUGGAGGAGUCAGACUACGAGGACCGGGAGGAAGAGGCCGGCUGGAAAAUCUAGAGCUCAGGCGAGGGGUCGGAGGGAUUUGAAGGCCAUUGCUGCUCCGGCAGGGAAGAAGUUCCGUGGCGUGAGACAGAGGCCAUGGGGAAAAUGGGCGGCGGAGAUUAGAGAUCCUCUGCGACGUGUACGGCUCUGGUUGGGAACGUUUGACACGGCCGAGGAAGCGGCUGUGGUGUACGACAACGCUGCCAUUCAGCUGCGUGGAGCCGACGCGCUCACCAACUUCGCUCCUCCUGCGGCGAUAUCUCUGCCUGACGUUAAGCCGGAAGUUAGCUCGGGCUUUUAUUCCGGCGACGAGUCGCACAACCACCUUUGCUCUCCGACUUCCGUGUUACGGUGUCCCUCGCCUUCCAACGAAGAGGGAGAGUCGCCGUGUCCGAAACAAGUUCCGGAAGCCACUGAAGCCCGAAAUGUCCGAGAAGACUCUUGCGUUUCGGAGAGCUUGUCCGAGUUUUCCGAUUACAGGAGUUUCGAAACGUUUAUUCCGGACGACAUGUUUGACUUCGAAACCUCGAUACCUGACUUCUUUGAGGAGACGAGUCUCGGAGAUGAUGUCGGUAUUUUGAAGGAAGAAAUGACCGAUUUCGGAAACCUGGGCGAGAUGUUCGUCGAUUCCGUUUGGGAUUUCGGGUUCGGUUCGUCACCAUGGUGCACCGACGACUAUUUCAAAGACAUCGGCGACUUCUUUAGUUCCGAUCCUCUUGUUGCCCUGUGAGACGACAACGUAUGCAAUAAUGUAGUUUUCCAGUCGUGUAUAGCCGGUUUUACGGCUAAUUUUGGAUCGGCGGGAACGGAAAAUCGGAAUGUGUUUAAUUUAAUUUUUAAUAUUUUUUGCUCUUAUCAGUUUUGGUUUGUAAUUGAUUAUUUACUAAGGUGAAUGGACGGUUAGUUCAAGUUUUGGCCCCAAA